GCCAUGCUGUACAGUGUGGGGCUGUCAUGAAGAGUUCAGCAGCAGCAGCAGCGGCGGGGAUGAGCAGAGUGGUGCUGGUGACCGGGGCGAACAGUGGCAUCGGCCUUGCCCUCUGUGAGCGCCUCCUGAGCCACGAUGAUCAGCUGCAGCUGUGUCUGGCUUGUAGAAAUGGACAGAGGGCCGAAGCUGCCCGCCAGGCCCUCCUGGUCUCCCAUCCCAAGGCCCAAGUUUCCCUAUUCCAGCUAGAUGUUGGAAGUGUGCGCUCUGUUCUUAGAGCUGCCCAGGAGAUCAAACAGAGGUACAACAGGCUGGACUGCCUUUACCUUAAUGCUGGAAUCAUGCCUAAUCCACAGGUGGAUCACAAAGCUUUCUACAAAGGCUUGUUUUCCAGUAAGGCAAUCCACAUGUUUACAACGGGGGAGGGUCUCCUGACCCAGAAAGACACAGUCACCUCUGAUGGUCUACAACAAGUGUUUGCUACUAAUCUCUUCGGUCACUUCAUUUUGGUGCGGGAACUGGAGCCCCUGUUGUGCCGGCCUGGUAGUAGCACUCAGGUCAUCUGGACAUCGUCCAGUAACGCCCGCCGGUCCGCAUUCAGUCUUGAUGAUCUUCAGCACCAACAAGGCAAAGAGCCUUACAGCUCCUCCAAAUAUGCCUCAGACCUGCUGAGCCUGGCCUUCAAUCGCCACUAUAACAGCAAGGGUCUUUAUUCAUCAGCAAUCUGUCCUGGACUGGUGAUGACUAACCUUACCUAUGGCAUUCUACCCUCCUUCUUCUGGACUCUCAUCAUGCCCAUAAUGUGGUUUAUAAGAGUCUUCACAAACAGUUUCACCCUCACACCUUAUAAUGGAGCUGAAGCUUUGUUUUGGCUGUUCAAUCAGAAACCUGAGGCACUGGAUCCAAUGGCCAAAUAUCACAGUUUAACCUCCGGCCUGGGAAACAACUACACACAGCCUCGCAAGAUGGAUGUUGAUGACUCUAUGGCGGAGGCGCUUUAUAAGAAAUUACUAGAGCUGGAAGACACAGUCCGGAAGAAACUGAAAAAUGAGUAUCUUGAGUGUGCAGCAUAAAUCACCCAAAUGUAGGGUGCAAAGGAAAUUAUAUCAUUCAUACACUAAUGAAAUGGUUAUUGGAAAAUGAAUAGUAAUUUUACACUGUUUAAUAAGCUAUUAAGUGUGUUCAGAAUAAACAAAGAGUAGUAGGAAGCACAAUUUUAGGCCCCCAAUUUCUUUGGCCAAUAAGUUUAGGCUUCAUGUGAAUGGUUGUUUGUCUACAUGUCUAAAUUGUCUAAAUCAUGUAAUCUAAUAGUUAAUAAGUUAAUAAGGGUGGAGAGUAGGAGGAUCUUAUGUCUUUAAUCAAUAAGGGUUAAGAUACACAUAAGAUAUCAGUUAAAUCACAUCUUAUCUGUAUUUUGUUAUUAUAUUUGUACUCAUAAUGUUAGAUAUUUUUUUGCAAAAAGUGCCUUUACUUUACACAUUCCAUGCACAAUAUUGUCAUUACCUGUAUAGUACCUUUCUGACAACUGAUGAUUACAGUGCUCAGUAUAUUAAAUAUGUACUGUUUGGGUGCUCUGAUCAGUAAAAACCUAUAAAUGAGAGUUAUGCCCGAAAUGGGUUAAAUGGGUUACAAUGACUGUAAUUAUAAGCACAGACAGCGUAAUGUCUCUCAAAAAUGAAGCAACUAAAGUUUUUUGGGCCUCUGCUGUUUGCAGUAUGAUGUGAUGCUCCACCCAUCCCUAAAUGUUUCAAUGGCAAAAGAGCUAAUUUCCAUCCAAGUGGUGUUAAAGUGAUUGACAGCCUUGUCUGGAAGAAAUGCUAUGUAGUAGCAGUUGUCAGAGUUGUAGUCAAAGCUGUAAAUCACUGGUUUUGGUGUGUGUUGUUUUUUUUUUUUUUUUACUUUUGGUCAUAUUAACAAACACUUAUAGAUAGUGUAGAUGUGUUGGACUGAAAAAAAUUUUUUUUUCUUCUUUUAAAUGUCAAGAACUGUGUUUAUGUGCACCAUGGUCCCUGGAGGAACGUUGUUUCGUUUCACUGUGUACUCUGUAUAUAGCUGAAAUGACAAUAAAAACCACUUUGACUUUGACUAGAAAUACAUUAACUGAUCGUUUACUGUUAAAGCGUUACACUUACUGGACAAACUGUGCAUUCAAUGGACAACUUUUCUUUGCUGCAAUGAAAGCAGUCUGAUACUAUGUCUAGCUCGUUCUCUGGUCUCUACUGCCUAGACUCGACAACAUGAUGAAUUUUGGUCCAUGUUUUUUUUUUUUUUUUUUACAGUAUCAUUAGUUUUAACAUCUGGCCUUUAAAACAUUCCAACUAUAAACACCGAAUUUUCUAACUGA